UAAUCUCUUCCGUCUCUCUCAACACAGAGAAACUCAAAAGAGUGAAUUAAGGAAGAAGCAAAAAGGCGAAAACCUUCUUUCCCUGUUUCUCUCAAAGAGUCUCCAAAACCCUAGGCAUCUUCUUCCCGCUUCAUCUCUCUCUCUCUCUCUGCGGUUGAAUCCAUAGCAAUGGCCGACGAGCCGGCGUCACCAUCGCCGUCGCAAUCGGCGGCGCCGCUGGGAUCCUCGGUGAUCCCCAUCGUCAACAAGCUCCAGGACAUCUUCGCUCAGCUUGGAAGCCAGUCCACGAUUGACUUGCCGCAGGUGGCGGUGGUCGGCAGCCAGAGCAGCGGCAAAUCCAGCGUUCUCGAGGCUCUGGUCGGGAGGGAUUUCCUGCCGCGCGGGAGCGAUAUCUGCACGCGCCGGCCGCUGGUGUUGCAGUUGGUGCAGACGAAGAGGAAGGGCGACGGGAUUGAAGAGGAGUGGGGGGAGUUCCUCCACCGUCCGGAUAUGCGCUUCUAUGAUUUCUCGGAGAUCCGCAGAGAAAUUGAGGCUGUAACAGCUAAGGAAGCAGGAGACAACAAAGGUGUCUCAGACAAGCAGAUCCGUUUGAAGAUUUUCUCCCCAAAUGUUCUUGACAUGACACUUGUCGAUCUUCCCGGGAUAACAAAAGUGCCUGUUGGUGAUCAACCCACGGAUAUUGAAUCAAGAAUUAGAACAAUGAUCAUGUCGUACAUUAAAAAACCUAGCUGCCUUAUUCUGGCUGUCACUGCUGCCAAUGCGGAUUUGGCGAACUCAGAUGCACUUCAGAUUGCAGGAAUUGCUGAUCCUGAUGGUUACAGGACAAUUGGCAUUAUCACAAAGCUGGAUAUCAUGGAUAGAGGCACUGAUGCCCGUAACUUGUUACUUGGAAAAGUGAUUCCCCUUCGACUUGGUUAUGUUGGUGUUGUGAAUCGUAGUCAAGAGGAUAUCAAUCUCAAUCGAACUAUUAAGGAUGCACUUGCAGCAGAGGAGAGGUUCUUUCGCUCUCAUCCAGUAUACAAUUCCUUGGCUGAUCGAUGCGGUAUUCCUCAGCUUGCCAAGAAGUUGAAUCAUAUUUUAGUGCAGCAUAUCAAAGGGAUUCUCCCAGUGCUGAAAUCACGGAUAAGUGAUGCACUUGUUUCUGUUGCAAAGGAGCAUGCCAGCUACGGAGAAAUCACUGAGUCUAAGGCUGGUCAAGGUGCUCUUCUGUUGAAUAUCUUUUCAAAAUAUGGGAAAGCUUUUUCUUCAAUGUUGGAGGGGGAAAAUGAAGAAACAUCAACAACUCAGCUGUCUGGUUUAGCGCGCAUCAAAUAUGUCUUCCAGUCAAUUUUUGUCAAGAGUUUGGAGGGGGUUGAUCCUUGUGAAGAUCUGACAGAUGAUGACAUCCGAACUGCUAUUCGAAAUGCUUGUGGUUCUAAUGCUGCAUUGUUUGUGCCAGUUAUUCCUUUUGAAGUUCUUGUUCGGAGGCAAAUUGCCCGGCUAUUGUAUCCAAGCCUGCAGUGUGCAAGAUUCAUAUAUGAUGAGCUACUAAAGAUUAGCCAUCGCUGUCUAGCCAAUGAGCUGCAGCGGUUUCCUAUUCUUAAAAAACGCAUGGAUGAAGUCAUUGGGAACUUUUUGCGGGAUGGGCUUGAACCAUCGGAGACAAUGAUUGGGCAUCUUAUUGAAAUGGAGAUGGACUACAUAAAUACUUCCCACCCAAAUUUUAUUGGAGGGACCAAUGCUGUGGAAGUUGCGGAGCAACAAGUAAAGACAUCAAAACUUAAUCCUGCAAUCUCGAGGCCAAAGGAUGUCACUGAAGCUGAUAAAGCACCAUCCUCCGAAAGGAGUCUGAAGUCUCGAGCCAUUCUUGGCAGACCUGUCAAUGGGUUUGCGCCUGAUCAGGCAUGUUGCAUGCUCUUUGAGAUAAUUGAUGUUUUGGUUCCAGGAAAUCAUAGCGGCUCUUCAUGGGGCAUUUCGUCAAUUUUCAAGGGAAGUAAUAGUUCCCGUAUGUCAUCUGAGAACUCAGCAAGUAUGGGAUAUAUGGAGGCAGUUCAUGGAAGUGACCCUUUGGACAAGAGCCUGUCUGUGAUCCAUUUGCAAGAGCCACCAGAAAUGUUGAGACCUUCAGAUACCCCCUCGGAGCAGGAGGCUGUUGAAAUCAAAGUCAUUAAAUUGCUAUUGACGUCGUACUACAAUAUAGUUCGGAAGAACAUUGAGGAUUUAGUGCCAAAAACUAUCAUGCACUUUCUGGUACAGCAUGCCAAACGAGAGCUGCACAAUGUCUUGAUUAAGAAGCUUUACAGGGAGAACUUGUUUGAGGAGAUGUUGCAAGAGCCCGACGAGAUUUCAGUGAAGAGAAAGCGGACAAGAGAUACCCUCAAAGUCCUUCAACAAGCAUUUCGAACAUUGGAAGAACUACCGCUGGAAGCUGAAUCCGUGGAAAGAGGGCACAGCUCUGGUUCUGAUACAACGGGGUUGCCGAAAAUGCAAGGAUUCCCUCUAUCCUCUUCAAUGUAUGCAGGAGGCGGCAACAGCUUAAACGGAUUCUACGCAGGUUCUCCACAGACGUCUAGGAAGUCGUCGUCGUCUUCUCACUCGGGCGAGCUGCAGUCGCCAAUGCAUCACUACCCCAUGGUGGAUUCUAAUGGAAGCGGCAGAGGCGCUUACAACAUGCCCAGUCUCUACCCUUUUGCUGAUUAGACAAUUUACCUUAGUUGGUUCUGAACUCUUCUAUUCGUGGCGUAUUUCGAACCCCUAAUAUGCGUAACAGGAAGUCGAAAAUGUCCGUUUUGACCUUUGCAUCGUGUUAAUAUACACGUUUUUCCCAUGUAUUUCAUCUAUGAUUGAUACCUAGAUCAGGU